UACGAGUAACCCACUACACAAGUACUCCGUAACUAUUCCAAAAAUACUCUCCCAGGAUUUACUCUCGGGCUCAACCAGCAACCGAAUUGCCGACCUAAGUCUCCCGCUUGACCGCAACCAUUACCUGUCACAACCACGUAUCCACCGUCACAAGUCCACGAGUCGGCGGGAGCUCUCCAAGAGGCGACAAUCUCCUUGCUCAUCAUCAUUUGAAAAAGUGGUGGUCUUUCAUUCCAAAAAUUUCAAAUCUGUCACUGGCUCCAAUACAGGAGGCUGAAUGGCACACUCUCACAGUCAAGCCAGUUUAGGACUCACUCAACCUACCAGCGUUGAACCUAUUAAGGUAUCAUUUACGGUGAAAGAUAUUGAUGUGACAGAGUGGACAGGAGACUUGCUUGCUGUGGGUGUUACAGAGAAAGACUUGAGCAAGGAUGACAAUAUGAAAUUUGAAAAUUCUAUCUUAAAGGGGUUAGAUUCCCAACUAGGUGGUUUGUUAGCUGAAGCCUCUGUUGAGGAGGAUUUUACGGGCAAGGCUGGCCAAUCUGCUAUUUUUAGGCUUCCCGGAUUAGGAUGCAAGAGGAUAGGAUUGAUUGGACUUGGUUCUGAGUCUCCUUCUCUGGCAGCAUACCGUGGUCUAGGUGAAGCUCUUGCCACAGCUGCAAAGGCUGCUCAAGCUCGUGCUACUGCUGUGUUCCUUGCUUCUUCUGAGGGGCUUUCAGCAGAGUCAAAGCUUAACACUGUUUCCGCCAUCGUAUCUGGUACUAUCCUUGGAGUGCAUGAAGAUAACAGGUUUAAAUCAGAGUCGAAGAGACCACUUCUUCAAUUUGUGGAUAUUGUUGGCCUUGGAACUGGGCUUGAUUUAGAGAAAAAGCUUAAAUCCGUCGAAGAUACUUGUUCUGGAAUUAUAUUUGGAAGAGAGCUGGUUAAUGCACCUGCUAAUGUACUUACUCCUGGAGUGCUUGCUGAAGAGGCUUCCAAGAUUGCUUCAAUGUACAGUGAUGUUCUUUCAGCAAAGAUCCUUAAUGUAGAGCAGUGCAAAGAACUGAAAAUGGGAUCUUACCUUGCUGUUGGUGCAGCUUCAGCAAAUCCGCCACAUUUCAUUCAUCUGUGCUACAAACCUAGAGGUCCAGUUAAAGCCAGAUUAGGGCUUGUUGGGAAAGGACUGACAUUUGACAGUGGGGGCUACAACAUCAAAACUGGACCUGGUUGUUCAAUUGAGCUAAUGAAGUUUGAUAUGGGUGGCUCAGCAGCUGUUUUAGGUGCUGCAAAAGCGAUUGGUCAAAUCAAACCUGCUGGGGUUGAGGUUCAUUUUAUUGUUGCCGCCUGUGAAAAUAUGAUUAGUGGGACUGGUAUGCGGCCUGGAGACAUAGUCACUGCUUCUAAUGGAAAGACCAUAGAGGUUAACAAUACGGAUGCAGAAGGUAGGCUUACUCUUGCAGAUGCUUUGGUGUAUGCUUGCAAUCAAGGUGUAGAGAAGAUAAUUGACCUCGCGACAUUAACUGGAGCUUGUGUUGUUGCUCUGGGACCUUCCAUAGCAGGUGUCUUUACACCCUAUGAUGCACUUGCCAAAGAGGUGUUUUCUGCAUCAGAAGCUACUGGAGAGAAACUCUGGAGGAUGCCUUUGGAAGAAAGUUACUGGGACUCAAUGAAAUCAGGAGUGGCUGAUAUGGUUAACACAGGGGGUCGUCAAGGUGGUUCCAUCACAGCAGCUUUGUUUUUGAAGCAGUUUGUGGACGAAAAAGUUCAGUGGAUGCAUAUAGAUAUGGCUGGUCCAGUUUGGAAUGAGAAGAAACGUUCAGCUACAGGAUUUGGCGUAUCAACGUUAGUGGAGUGGGUUUUGAAAAACUCAACCUCAUAAUUGGUGACCAGUUGAAACUGAUUGUAUUGCAUGCCAGGAUAAUGCUCAAAAUAAUUUUAUAGUUCCAGUAAGAGUUGAAACAUCUCA